AUGCUGAUCCAUCGUGACCGGGAGAAAAAGGAGAGCACUGCAGAGGAGAUGGAGGUAGAGGAUCAGGAGCAAGAUGGAUCGAGUUCAGAGGAAGAGGAUUCUGAAACUUCCUCCGUUUCUGAAGAUGGAGACAGCUCUGAAAUGGACGAGGAGGAUUGCGAGCGAAGAAGAACGGAGUGUUUAGACGAAAUGUCAAAUCUAGAGAAACAAUUCACAGAUCUCAAAGACCAGCUGUAUCGGGAACGAUUGACUCAGGUCAACAGCAAGUUAGCAGAGGUGGAAGCUGGUCGUGCGGCAGAAUAUCUGGAUCCCCUGGCUGUGCUACUGGAGAACAUGCAGGUCCGCACCAAGGUGGCAGGCAUCUACAAGGAAUUGUGCCUGGAGUCUGUGAAGAAUAAGUACAAGUGUGAGAUGCAGGCAGCCUGCCAGCACUGGGAGAGCGAAAAGCUUCUGCUGUUUGACACAGUUCAAAGUGAAUUGGAGGAGAAAAUAAGGAGAUUGGAGGAAGACAGACACAGCAUUGAUAUAACAUCAGAGCUGUGGAAUGACGAGCUAUCGGGAAGGAAAAAGAGAAGAGAUGCUUUAAGUCCGGAUAAGAAGAGGAGACGACCUUCAGUAGUGUCUGGCCCCUAUAUUGUCUACAUGCUUCCUGACUUGGACAUCCUGGAGGACUGGACAGCUAUCAGAAAGGCUGUUGCCACCCUUGGUCCCCACAGAGGCAAAGUGGAAGCCGACAGCUCCGCUUUCCCGUUCAGGCCAGACAGAAGCCGACCAUUUCUCAAUUGCUGA